AUGUUGUUUGGAGAUCUAGCAGAACUAGCAGAUAAAGCAUCUAAAUAUGAGGAGCUGCUUAAGGAAGAACAACAGAAGAGGAACCCUUCCAAAGGCACGUACUACAAGACUCCUUCUUCUUCGGUCCAUCUAGUUGAGGUAGAAUCAGAAGAAGACACAGAAGGCUCGGAGGAAAGAGAAAUUGCAGUAGCAAAGAUGGCAAAAUUAAAACAUCCCAUCAGCUGCAAAGCUCUUACAAAGCCACCAAAAGAUCAGAAGCCACCGCCAUUCAUAGGAGGGUUUGUUCCAAACACGCCAACGCAGAACAAGGUCUAUUGCUUUGAUCUGACCAAGGUGGACGUCUUGUUUGAUGAGAUGCUGUUGCAGAAAGCAAUAGAGACACCCCACAGGUUGCCCAAGCCAGAAGUACUCAAGGCAGGCAAUAUUGCAGGUGGCACAACUCUUGGAACCAUUCCACCAAUAGUUGUGUUGUUUUCAAGGAUGUUAUACAGGAAUGAAUAA